CCCCCGGGGAGUCGGUCCGCGCGCGGUACCCACCGGGUCCGGGGGAUUCCCGGCUGCAGGUUAACGGGGGUCUCGGAUGCACCGCGCGCCGCGGGUGCCCGUGCGCCCCGCGUCCCCGCGCCCCCCCGAGACAUCAAGACCCGGUGGGGACGAGGCGCAUGGAGGGGGCGCUGAGAUUGCAUCCGACGCCCGCGAGCCAAGAUGCUUAGCUUUAUAGGUGUAAUCUGCACAUGUGACUUCACCAUUUGAAGCCUCAGCUUCGUGAUUCUUGAAAUGGACAUAAUCGAAGCUACUUCACAGGGCUGUUGAGAGGAUUGAAUGAGGCAAUGCUUGUGAAGCUCUUUGCACUAGGGAGCCCUGGAGGCAGGGCCUGGGGGGCAGAGCAUACCUGCUCUCACCCAGGUCCACAGGCAGCAUGAAGACCCCUGUGGAGCUGGCCAUAAGUGGGAUGCAGACCCUCCACCCUCAGCGCCACUGCCGGGGAGGCUACCGAGUCAAGGCCAGGGCGUCAUAUGUGGAUGAGACUCUGUUUGCAAGCCCAGCAGGCACCCGGCCCCCCCCACCAGACUUUGACCCGCCCUGGGUGGAGAAGACUAACAGAACCAAAGGAGUGGGCACAGGGGCAUCUCAGGCCUUGGGGGCCAGAGGGAGCUGUGAGACCACCCCCUCGAGGGGCCGCACCCCAACCCUCACACCAAGGAAGAAGAACAAAUACAGACUGAUCAGCCACACUCCGUCUUUCUGUGAUGAGUCACUGUUUGGCUCUCGACCUGAGGGCACCAGCUGGGAGGCCCCAGGGAUGGCAAAGGGCGAUGCUGCGAAACUCCGUGCCCUCUUCUGGACACCACCAGCUACUCCCAGGGGCAGCCACUCACCUUGCCCCAGGGAGACGCCUCUGCGAGCUAUUCACCCAGCUGGUCCCUUGAAGACAGAGCCCAGGAUAGCGACAGACGCAAGGAAGCUGUCUGUGGCAUCUACCAUAAGUGGAGCACUUCCAGAAGACACAGAGCUGGGUAGACAAGGUCCCUGCCAGCAAAGAACCCACAGCCCUCAUUGGUUCCAGAGAAAAAGAGCACAGCCUGCAAAGCUCCCCUCCCCGGGGCGGUCAUGGGCAGACAGAGCAAGGCCCUGACUUGCCCUUUUCUGACCAGCACACCUGGCUUUGGAUCACUCAGUCUGAUGUCACCUUCAGUGCUCCCCAGGCCUCCCUGUCCCCCAAGUUGGGGCCAUGGGCCACCGAUGUUAUCCCAGAGCUCCUUGGGGAGUUUGGGGGUGCCCUGAUUUGUAGGCUCUGGAUCAAACACAACAAUGGGGUCUCAUUGAAUCCCCACCAUGGUCCCAAGACAGGUAUUAUUGCCUCUGUUGAUCAGAUGCAGAAACAGGCUCAGGAAGGUCAGGUCACACAGCUGGUAAGUGACACUAGAGUGAAAACUUCAAAUGAUAAUGGGGACUUCCUUUUCUUCACUGCUGUACCCCAGGCCUGGAACAUCUCAGGCACUAAGUAAAGACUUGCUAAGGGACUGAGUGAAGUGGUGGAGACAGGCUCACAUCUGAGUCUGUUGGGGAUGAGGCCCAGCUUGUGAGGGUGCUGGCAGGAGCUGGGCCAGGAGUGGGCAGAGGAGUAUGGGAUGUGGACACUAGAUGGAGCCAAGAUUGUUAGACCCAGGGUCAGGCACUUUCCUAAAUGGCUCACAGCUUCUUCCCACCUCUUGCUUCUCAGCCCCAGGCUGGACAAAUCUUUGAAACAAAGGGAGAGGCUGGGAAGGAACCUGCCACAGGCCUGCUCCAGGGUCUCUCUGAGGAGGCUCAGAACUUGGCCCAAACUAUGAACCACCCUAGGGCUGCUCCUCCCAUUCCUAAAGUAUUUUGGGGGAAGUGCUCAAGAGAGACUUAUUCAGUAACAAAUACCUGCUUUUCACCCAUCUCCAUAUCAUAUUUCUGGAUCCAGUUCUCAAUUUCCGUCUCCACUUUAUAUUUUUUCUAAAAAAAACACAUCCAAUUAGUCAUUGUUUGAUGGGAUACUAUUAACAAUAAACAGCACUGAGCACUCUGCACGAGUGGGCCCUGCGGUGAGUGCUUUCCCUGCCUCGCCUAUUGAAUCCGCACAAGGAGGUUCGCUUUCUCCAUGUCACAGAUGAGGGAAUGGAGGCUCAGACAUGUUACCUUACUCACCCAAAAUGACAGAGCUAAUGGGUGGCAGAGCCUGGAUUUGAAGCAAUAGUUUUACUCCAGAAUAUU